AUGGUAAAGUGUGGAGAUUAUUUUCAGCGAGAUGGACCUAGGGAAGUUGGUAAUAUUUCUGUUAUUGUGGUGAACACUACUGAAACUUCACUGUUGCGGCGCCUUUUAGAGGUGAACCAUAGAGAGGUAGAAGAUGCUCCAAUAUCUGUUUUGCAUAUUCAGUAUCCGGAAUGGCCUGACCACGGAGUUCCCAAAGAUACAUUAGUGCGUGAAAUUUUGAAAAGAUUAUACCAUUUACCACCAAACCUUGGUCCAAUAGUGGUCCACUGCAGUGCAGGUAUUGGGGUAAACUGGACAUAUUGCACAAUUCACAACACAAUUCAGAGAAUACUUGCUGGUGAUAUGUCUGCUGUAGAUAUUGCUAACACAGUAGCUGUGUUCAGGGCCCAGCGUGUUGGAAUGGUUCAGACCCAGGAUCAGUACAUUUUCUGCUAUAAAGCUAUCAUAGAUGAAACUGGAAGACCUUGGUAUCUCAGCAGUAGAAGGAGCUCGAAGGAUGUUAGGCUGUUUGCCUCAUUUUGAAGCUAACUUCCCAUUCUUCGACCUUUUGUUUGGUUCAUGCAAUGCUCAUGUCUCCCGGCAGCUGACACUGAAACAUUAGCAUUCUGGAUAUUUUAUGAAUUUGACUCUGUUAUUCUCUAGCUUUUCAUGUAUAAUGGCAGGAGGGGAAAGCUCACUGAUAUUAGCAUCCUUUUGGUUAUAUUGUUAGAAUUACAUUGGGGAACAGAAUGGCAUAAUUAUUAAUGGCUGCAAUAAUCAAAUGUCCAUUGCCCUACUGAAGUUAUGUAAUCCCAUUUUAUGUGCUUAGGUCUCAAGGUUAAUCAACUGGCCACGAUCACAGAAAUAUUUCAAAUUUUAUCGCGUUUUUAUUUAUUGGUGCA